ACCGUAGUAACUCAAACAAGCAAACGUUUCACGUGCGCCAUUUUGGAAUAAGAAAACUGGUUCAAUCUCAAUCAUUUACGUCGUUUCGUGUACUCGUAUUUCGUAAUAUAAAAGUAGUUUAGAAGGUGUUUUUCGUAUAUCAAGCUUCCUAUCACAUAAGUUUUAAAAAUGCCCAAGCCCGGAAAGUACAAUAAUCCACCCUGGAAGAAGCAGUUCAACAACGAACACGACUCACGUGGCAAUGAGUUUAACAAUCAUCGCAGAGGUACUGGCCUACACACAAAUGGACAUUUUAAACCGGCAAAAAAGAAUUGGAACCCGCACUGGGGUAAUGCACUUCGUGCACACUUGGACGAUGAAGACAUUGAUAUGGGAGUUAGUAACUUUGAACGCCAAAAAAAACCUAUCCGUGGCAAUAAACGACAUGGAACGAGCGGAGGUCGUGGUAGAAGAAAAUUACUUGAAAGCCCCACUAAUUGGUUUCGAGUGACCCUUCCAUACGGCAACAAAUACGACAAGGCGUUUGUGCUACGUUCAUUACUGGAACAUGUCACACCAAUUCCGUUUGCGCCCGUUGCCUGGAGCACAGACGGAAAUUUUGCCACAUUUUACGUAGACGAUUACAAACUAGCGGAUAAAUUAAAUUCACUCGACAGACAAAUCGACUGCCCUGACGGAUUUAAGUUGGCAAUUCGCGUGCACAGCGGCUCGCCGAACGUCGACAUUACCGACUCGCUCAAAGCAAAAUUGAAAGCCGCCAUGGCGAAUCGAUACGACCUUGCGAAUAAGGCGUUAGAUCUGACGAAGUUUCACGCCGAUCCGCAACUCCAAGAUGUUUUCUGCGCGCUGUUCAAACCGAUAAUGUUAUUGACUGUCAUUGACAUUAUGUCCGAAAAUAUACCUGAAUUGGUGGCGUUAAAUUUAAACGAAAAUCGUAUUCAAGUUUUAAAUCAUCUUAAGAAAAUCGAUAAGAAGCUUCCAAACCUCAAAAUAUUACAUCUGGGGAAUAAUAAGAUACGAGAAAUGACAAUGCUCGACCCUUUGUCCGGAUUACCCAUAGUUGAGGUGGUUCUCGAUGGAAAUCCACUCUGCACCAAAUUCAGGGAACGAGAAGCAUACAUUAGCGAAGUCAGAAAGCGAUUUCCUAAGGUCAUCAAACUGGAUGGAAUCGACUUACCGCCGCCGAUCGGUUUCGACAUAGCCGAAGAGGUACGAUUACCCCCGAGCGUUCAGACGUACCUUUGCAAUGCCGAGGCUCAAGGUAUCGUCCGACAGUUCUUGGAGCAGUAUUUCCAAGUAUUCGAUAGCGGCUCGCGGCAGCCGCUAUUGCAAGCGUAUCACGAGGACGCCAAGUUUUCGAUGACCUCGGCGUAUCCGUACGGACAGAAUCCUAAAAACUCGAGCUGGCUCAAUUGGUAUAAUACGGACAGUAGAAAUAUACUGCGCGUGCAGGACCACGACAGGCGGCUAAAGUUGCUGAAGCAAGGCAAUUUGGCUGUGGUUUCUUUCUUGUCUGAAAUGCCCCAAUCGAAACAUGAUAUCCACAGCUUUACAGUGGAUUUAAAUAUAUCAACGCCGCAACUGUUGUUAUUAAACGUCAGCGGAAUGUUCAGAGAGCUGCGUAGUGGCCACAAAACUGCUCCGAUACGACAUUUCUUUAGAUCAUUAGUUAUUGUACCGGCCGGUUCCGGAUUUUGUAUAGCGAAUGAGCAGUUGCACGUCUCCAACGCUACCGAACAACAAGCAAAGCUCGCCUUCAAAACACCUAUUAUUCAAACACCUCAACCGGCACCGGAAUUAAAUGCCGCACCACCCGCUGCCGCCAUUCCACCGGUAGUGCCAAUGGUGGACGACAAUACGAAACAGCAAAUGAUUCAAACUAUGUCUCAACAAUCCGGAAUGAAUUUAGAGUGGUCACAGAAAUGUUUGGAGGAAACAAAUUGGGACUUCAAUCGCGCCGCGUUCAUUUUCACCGAAUUACAGAAACAAGGGACGAUACCGGCCGAAGCUUUUGUUAAAUAACAAGUAGAGUUAAUGUAGUUUUAAAUGAGGUGCACUUAUUAUGUAAGUGCACACUGUUGAAUUGUAGAAUUUUAAUUUCCCUCAUUUGUAUGUAACAGGCACAUUUAACAUUUAGAGACCUUGUUGUCAAUUAGAAUACUUUUAAAACAAUAGUUAAAUAUUUCUGUUACCAUACCUCUCUUAGUAGAUAUCAUUUUUUAACGCCAUUAUAUAGACACCUUUCUAGAUGUAUUUUUUAAAAGCAGCUGUGAUUCUUAAAUAUAGCGAGUACACUGAA